ACCAGUCCUUCAUGUUGCACACAUUCUCUGAGUAUUAGUUGUCUGUCAACUCUCGCUGGAUUCAUCCAAAUGCCAAUGAGAAGAGAGCUUCCGCGAUUGGCUGCUGCCCGCUGACGGACGGUAGUUGCGUGUGUCUGCAGGCCUGAGCUGAGUGAGCGUCCACAGCACUGGUGGGAAAAGCAAUGAAUUCAUUAGAACAAGCCGAAGACCUGAAGGCAUUUGAGAGGAGACUGACAGAGUAUGUGUCUUGUUUGCAGCCGGCUACAGGUCGUUGGCGCAUGAUUCUAAUUGUGGUGUCUGUAUGCACAGCCACAGGAGCGUGGAACUGGCUUAUAGACCCAGACACUCAGAAAGUUUCUUUCUUCUCAUCUUUAUGGAAUCAUCCGUUUUUCACUAUCAGUUGUGUGACUCUCAUUGGCCUUUUCUUUGCUGGAAUACAUAAACGGGUUGUGGCGCCAUCUAUUAUUGCAGCUCGCUGCCGGACAGUACUAGCAGAAUAUAACAUGUCCUGUGAUGAUACUGGGAAACUUAUCCUGAAACCGCGGCCUCAUAUCCAAUAGCACCUUGAAGAGACGGGAGUGGAGAGCAUUUCAUAUCAACAUUAAUCAUCAAGAUUGCACAUAGGCCUCAGUGCCAGGAUAUAAUCCAAAGUGUGUGGGGGUCAAUCUCCCAAAUAGGACUUCUCUCUGCAAUUUAUGAAGAAGCAAUGGGACCUCAAAAGGACACAGCCACUUUGAAGAAAAACAUUGUUUCUGCUACUUUUAAAUAACAAUUGUUUUUCUGUUGUAAAAUUUGAGUUUUAUUUGAUUGUGGAUUUUGAUAUCCUCAUUUGUAAUGCCUUGGUCUUAUUUUAGAUGCAUACGGUGUAUGUAUUUUUAAGUAAAUUGCUGAACACAUAAUGAAUAUUAAAGUGUGGAUAUUUGUUCACCUUACGCUGACUUUUACAUAUAUAAUAGGAAACAUUUAUGAAAUGUUUAUCCCUAUGACAUGAUGCGCUGCUUUUUGUUGUUUUACAACUACUUUUAUGCAACUAAAGGCUGCACUAGUUUAACACAAAAGGGUCACAGGCUAAUGUGUCAUGGUUGGCUGAGAUUUUAUUUACUUUUACUCCAGAGUUAAAAUCUAUAAGAUUAUGUGUUGGCAAUAAUAAAGGUUGUUUGUAAUACAGUG